AGCGUUCUUCCCCUGUUCAUACAUCCUUCACUUUUCUGAGAGAAAAUAGAUGCAUGGUUGGUAGCUAGCUCUACAUUUGGAUUUUGCGCUCCCUCUCGAUCGCUACUUAUUCAGGGUCGUUUGCGCCAGCACACACUUUCCUCGCAGACGACAGAGCACAGGUGACGUGGUGACUCGUGUACUAUGUAUGUCCCCAGCGAAUAAGACGAAUAAACAGGAGGACCCACCCAUUCCUUGUCUCAAACUAAAACUUGUCUCCCUCGAGAAAGGAGUAGUGUUCCGUAGACCGAUCAGUAAAAAGUAAACACAGGCGCUGAACCAGGUAUUGGUUAGCGGUAGCAAGAGUGCACCGUGCGGUGGUCAUGGCCGAGGAGAGCAUAGAGCGUGUGAUUUGGCAGACGAAAACCUUGCAGCCAGCGCAGUGGAGAGAUGACUGGGCGUUGACUAGCACGGGUGUUGGGCACGCUUACACCGCGGCACAGGAUCGCGAUGUCACAGCAAUCAAACGAACUACCCAGUUCCCACUGCCACCCGUGCUGCGUGAUCAGGAGAGUCGCUCGACAGGCCAGGAGUACUUGACGACGACUGGCACGUAUCACUCGUACCAGCCGCUGGACACGGUGGUGGCUCACCCGGAGAACAGCCGCGCAGCGCCGUGCUACAAGACACAUCACAACGAAGGCUUUACCUACAGACUGAAAGGCCGGCCAUGGCGCGAACCCUUGUCUAUUGAGCACCAGCGAACUGAGAAACAGGACAAGUACCGGGGUGAGCGAGCAAAACCGCUCGUCAACAGCGAAUUCGGCACAGACCUCCGGCCCCUGAAUCUAGCACAUCAUCAUGGGAAUCUCCCACUGAAGCUCAUGAAUCCGACGGAGCCCAAGGACGAAUUAAUAACAUCGGGGACCAAGCCACAUGAAGGUGGCGUAAUGAAUGCUGGUGAAGAGUUUAUGACGACGUCCAGACAGGUGCAUCACAAGUUCACAAGGAAGCAGCAACUUGAGCUGCCUUGUCCCGACCAGGCAACGGUGUACCAUUGUCAACAGUAUCCUAAGGCAUGGGGGCACAGCUCGCAAAAGCCCGCGAUGAGCCUACAUCAAGUCCCAGAAGCUCGGGGCUUAGAGAUGAUGGACUCCAUGACUUUCAAGCAUCGCUGCCAUAACAUCAUGCCAAGUUACAUGCUGCCACCUGUACCGAACAGUGGGGUUACCACUAUGAAAAGUAGCUACCGUCGGCCCAGUGAAGAAACGAUCAGAUCUACGCACCAGAGGCCAUUCAACAGGUUGCACCACCUUACUGCCCCAGUGGAGUUUGAAAUACCUAUGGCGCCACAGAUGUACAAGUCUGGAAAUACCAUGUAUGGCACUGCACCGUUUUAGAAACUGUCACCUACUCAGUGGUGCCAGUGUCGACUGGCCCCAGAUUGGACUGCUUCAGUAUGGCCAUCAUUCUAUGUCGCUGAUGAAGAAUCAAGACCUUUCUGUAAAGUUGUCAUCAUCGAUCUUUCUUGUUACGAAUGUCGGUUAGCCCGACCAAGACAAGGUGUUGUACAUGUGGCUGCGCUUGUGUCUCUUUGUUGGUACAUGCGGUUGCACGUGUAGACCCGUGACGACAAAGGUGUUGACCAUAUUUGAAGCCUCGGUUCUUGUCUUGAUCUCAAGUUUUUCUGGAUGAUGGUUGUUUGGUCAAUGAGCUUUGUUCUAUUUGACUUCAUACUUCCUGCACAUGUCUCAUGUCGCCCUUUUUUCAUAUUGCCGUCCGACUAGUUAUCCCAGAUGAUGUCACUGCCAUUGAGUCUUAAAUUUUUUUAGAGACCUUGUACAUCCCUUAUGUGAAUUUGCAAUCACAGUGUUAACCCUACGUGCCACCACGUUUUGAAUCAUUCAAUGAUUACACGGAAACCA